GUAGGUUUUAAAUUGUUAUCCCAUUUCUCAAACAUGAGACACAUCUUGUUUCUCUUUCUUAGGAAGGGUUAAGGAGAACAGCAGGCGUUUGAGGACAACAGGUUUGGACUGUUGGGUCCAGAUGCUUGCUGUUUUCUAUUGUAGGGCAGUUUAAUCUUUGUUCUUGUUUUAUUUUGUCAUCUUUUGCAAUUUCACAAAUAAAAGUGGAAAAAUAAGAGUGGGAAAAGCAUCUCCCAUUUUAUUACUGCUCUCCUUAGAAAUCAACUGUUUUCAUUUUCCCUUGUUCUUUUUCUCAUGCAUUUAUAACUGUUUAUUUGUAGUUGUUGUAUAGAUAAAAAAAUCUCACACAGGCUUUUUCUACUUAACAUUAUAUACCCUGCAUUUUUAAUGCGUACAUGCUGCCCUCUUGAAUUGAUGUGUUCUGUAUGUGUGUGUGCAUGUGUGUGUGUUUUGUAACUUUUCCCCAUUUAUAGACAUUUAGGUAAUUUAGGAAUUUUAUUGUUUAAGGAACAUUGUAGUAACAGUUUUCCUACAUAUAAUCAUUUUCCCCAAGAAGGAAUUUGAAGGGGUUUUGCCAUUAUUUGUUUUUAAUGUUUUAGAAACUCUAAAUUGAAAAAAUGCAUUUGAUAUGUGGUACUUGGCUACAUCAUAUGUAGAAUACUCGGAUAUGGCCUAGAGCAACAGGGUCCAACUGAUGCUUCACACAGAGAAAAUAUAAUUACGUAUUUUCACACAAGAGAGCUAAAUUCUUUCUUACCCUUGCCUUGAGUCAGUACCCUCUGCAUAUUUUAUUUUGAUCUAUAUUUUUUCAUUCAUACAAUUAAUUUAUUUUAUCAAAGUAAUGUACUUAGUUUAAGAAGUCCAGGGUUACAAGAGGACUUGCGGGUACUUUCCUUUUCUUACUGCAUUUAGUUCUCAGACCAUCCGUAUGAGGUAGUACUUGGUCUCAUCUGCAUUUCUAUUACAAAAAAAAAAAAAAAAAAAACUAGAAGUGUAGAAUUUCAGAAAACUGCUUAUGUUCACACAAGAAACCAGAGAUCCAACUGAUUCAGCAAGACUCAUAGGCUUUUUAUUGGAAUUAAGAGGGAGGGGCAAGAGAAAAGAAUUUUCCUGCCAGGAGACUUAGCCUUUUUGUUUAGGUACCUAGCCCAUCCUGGUGAGUGGAAAACUCCAUCGAUAAUAUGCCCCUAUCUGCAUCACACUUCAGCAGCCUCUUCUCUCUGAUCUUUGUUGCUUAAUUAGGGCCCUUGGAUGUUCCAGGCUCCACGGAUCAUCACAGUCUUCAUAUGGGAAGUUAAAACAACACCGUACACCAGUGAUUCUCAACCAUGGGUGAUUUUGUUCCCCAGGGAACAUUUAGCAAUGUCUGGAGAAUUGUUUGUCUGUCAGAACUUUGAGAAUGCUUCUGGCAUCUACUGGCUAGAAGCCAGGGAUGCUGCUGAACAUCCUACAAUGCACAGGACAGCCCCGCACAACAAAUAAUUAUCUGGCCCAAAAUGUCAUUAGGGACAAGGUUGAAAAACUCUGCCAUACACAAAGGAUCUGGAACCACUGCCUGCAUAUCUUUUCCACUUUCCUCAGCGCUACCCUUCUUCCAGUGGACCUUUGCUGAAAGAUUUAGGUGGAGUGUGCUUGAUGUUUUAGGAAGCAGUGACUUUCAAGGACGUGGCUGUGGUCUUCACCGAGGAGGAGCUGGAGUUGCUGGACUCUGCUCAGAGGAAGCUGUACCAAGAUGUGAUGCUGGAGAACUUCAGAAACGUGGUCUCAGUGGGGCAUCAAUCCAUGACACCAGAUGUAAUACUACAGUUGGAGAGAGAAGAAAGGCUUUGGAUGAUGAAGACAGCAGCCCAAAGCUAUCCAGGAGAUAAGAAUUUAAAUGAGAUGGAGACUCUUCCAGAAGUAGGAUUAAGAUACCUGUCACAUGAAGAGCUUUUCUGCUCACAAAUCUGGCAACAAGUUUCAAGAGAGUUAACCAGGUGUCAAGAGUCUGUGAUAAAUACUAAAGAAACUAGUUCUCAAUUGGAAAAACCAAGUGAGAAACCCUACAAAGAAAAGGAAUUCGUUAAAGGCUUUAAUCAGAGUUCACAUCUUCAAGUUCAUCAGAGAAUCCACACUGGAGAAAAACCCUACAAAGGGGAUGAGUGUGGAAAAGAUUUCAUUUGGAGUUCUCAUCUUUGGAUUAACCAGAGGGUCCAUGCAGGAGAGAAGCCCUAUAAAUGUGAAAAAUGUGGUAACGCCUUCCGCCGGUUUUCAAGUCUUCAAGCGCAUCAGAAAUUCCACAGUAGAGAGAAAUCAUACAAACAUGAUGCACUGUGUAAGGGCUUUAGUCAAAGGUUAUAUCCUCGCCAUCAUCAGAGAGCCAACACUAGAGACAAUCCAGACAAAUAUGAGGAGUGUGGGAGGAAUGUCAGAAAGAGCACACAUUAUCAAACCCAUCUUGUGGUCCACAUGGGAGAGAAACCCUAUAAAUGUGAGGAAUGUGGUGUGGGCUUCAGUCAGAAUUCAUAUCUUCAAGUCCAUCAGAGAGUUCACACUGGAAGUAAACCUUAUAAAUGUGAAGAGUGUGGGAAAGGCUUCAAUUGGCGUUCACGACUACGGGCUCAUCAACGAAUCCACACUGGAGAGAAACCAUACAAAUGUGAUGCAUGUGGUAAGGGCUUUAGUUAUAGUUCUUACCUUAACAUUCAUUGUAGAAUCCACACUGGAGAGAAACCUUAUAAAUGUGAGGAGUGUGGGAAGGGCUUCAGGCUGGCUUCACACCUUCAAGCCCAUCAGAUAAGUCACACUGGAGAGAAACCAUACAAAUGUGAAGAGUGUGGGAAGGGCUUUUGUAGGGCCUCAAAUCUUCUGGAUCAUCAGAGAGGCCACAUUGGAGAGAAACCUUAUCAGUGUGACACAUGUGGGAAGGGCUUCAGUCGUAGCUCAGAUUUUAACAUUCACGUUAGAAUCCAUACAGGAGAAAAGCCUUAUAAAUGUGAGGAAUGUGGUAAGGGCUUCAGUCAGGCCUCAAAUCUUCUGGCCCAUCAAAGAGGCCACACUGGAGAAAAACCAUACAAAUGUGGAACAUGUGGGAAGGGCUUCAGUCGUAGUUCAGAUCUUAACGUUCAUUGUAGAAUCCACACAGGAGAGAAACCCUAUAAAUGUGACAAGUGUGGAAAGGCCUUCAGUCAAUUCUCAAGUCUUCAAGUCCAUCAGAGAGUCCACACUGGAGAGAAACCUUAUCAGUGUGCAGAGUGUGGAAAGGGUUUCAGUGUAGGUUCACAACUUCAAGCCCAUCAGAGAUGCCACACUGGAGAGAAACCAUACCAGUGUGAAGAGUGUGGGAAGGGCUUCUGCCGAGCCUCAAAUUUUCUGGCUCAUCGUGGAGUCCACACUGGAGAGAAACCAUACCGAUGUGACGUGUGUGGGAAACGCUUCAGACAGAGAUCAUACCUUCAAGCCCAUCAGAGGGUCCACACUGGGGAGAAACCAUACAAAUGUGAGGAGUGUGGGAAGGUCUUCAGUUGGAGUUCAUACCUUCAGGCCCAUCAGAGAGUCCACACUGGAGAAAAACCAUACAAAUGUGAGGAGUGUGGGAAAGGCUUCAGUUGGAGUUCAAGUCUUAUAAUUCAUCAGCGAGUGCAUGCUGAUGAAGAGAGUGAUAAGGACUUUGCAUCAUCAGAGAAUUCAUACAGGAAAGAAGCACUAUAAAAUUGUAUGUUUUAAUCCUUCCAGUGGGUGCUGAAAUGUAAUAAUCAGAGCUGUCAUAGGAAACAAAAUAUUUGUUUCAUACAAGGGUCAAUAUUUCAGUCAGAGCCAACAUAUUGUAAUGGUCAGGAGACCACAUAACAGAGAAACCUUGUGAGAGUGGAGAUACAGAACUUUGACACUUAGCAGAUUUACACAGAAUAUAGACCUUAUAAAGGAUCAGUCUGAUUGAGAGUUAACCAAAAGUACAGAGAUGAAAAUGCCAAAAUUGGAAUAUUCCACUAGAUUUUCAGCUCCAAGAGGAUAGGGACUUUGUUGACUGCCAAAUAGAUUCUGCCUUUUCAGUGCCUAACACAUUGCGGGACACUGUUAUCGAGUUCUGACUUGGCGGGCCUGGGCCAGGGGAACUGAUCAGCCCCUAGGAAAGGUAGUGGGGCACGGGUGGUUGCGCCCUCCACGGCCCCCCGGGCCUGAGAAA